UGUACAGUGUACUGACACACGUACGUACCCGUCUCCCUGUCGCGUGACGUCUGAUACACAUGGAACGGAUGUUUAAGGUUCUAGUUAUUGGCGACAGCGGCGUAGGCAAAACAGCGUUCGUCAAUCAGUACGUUAGCGGCCACUACCGAGGAAUCACGAAACAAACGUUUGGAGUUGCGUUUGCGUUGAAAGUUAUUCAGUGGACUGACGCGGAGACGGUACGCUUGCAACUGUGGGACAUCGCAGGGCAAGAGCGAUUUACAUCUAUGACUCGUGUUUACUACAAAAACUCUGCUGGCUGUGUGCUAAUGUUUGACAUCACAGACAGACAGUCAUUCCACAACGUCGUCAAGUGGAAACGGGACUUAGACAGCAAGGUAUCCUCACAUGACGGUGACCCCAUACCAUGCAUUCUACUAGCAAAUAAGACUGAUUUAGUUAACAGAGCAAUAUCAUAUGAAGAGAUACAACGUCUUAGCCAAGAGCAUGAUUUUCUUUGCUGGACAGAGGUGUCUGUGAAGAACAACGUAAACAUAUCGGAAUCCAUGAGAUAUCUCAUCAAGGCUAUCUUGUCCAAUGAAACAGACUUUGAAAUGUCGAUGGCCGUCGAAACAGGUAGCUAUCUUGAUUUGGGUGAUGCUGAGAACGAGGACGAGCCGACGGUAGAGAAAAAACGACGGUGUUGUUUCAGUUAA